AUGACACCUGUGCAAAAAAAUCCGCAGAGUGAGCAGCCACACCAAAGCCAGCAGCCAAAAGGUAGUCAGCUGCUGCAGGCACCCAAGAAACCAGUUGAAAAGGAAGAGGAGUUAUCUGAAGAGGACCAGCAAUUGAAAGAUGAGCUUGAUCUAAUAGUUGAGAAACUAAGCGAGCCCGGUUCUCAAGACGAGCACACCUAUGGGAAAUUACUCGACUCAAUGAAGAAGUUUAUUCAAGAGUCAACUACUUCCAUGACUGCUGUGCCAAAACCACUAAAGUUCCUAAGACCCCAUUAUCCAACAUUGUCGAAAAUAUACAAUGAGUGGUUAGAGUUGUGUCUGGAUCUGGAAAAAAGUACGAUUGUCUUGGAAUUGGCCGAUAUUUUAUCGGUUUUGGCAAUGACUUAUUCGAACGAAGGAAAGAGGGAUUCGUUGAAAUAUAGAUUGGUGUCUGGAGACGCCACUUUGGCAGAUUGGGGUCACGAGUACAUUCGCCACUUGGCGUUGGAGAUUGGCGAAUCAUACCAAGAAAAUUUGGGAGUCGACGAAGAAUUGGUUUCAAAAUUGAUCAAGUUGGCGUUGAAAAUCGUUCCCUUUUUUAUGAAGCAUAAUGGAGAAGCAGAUGCCGUGGAUUUGCUCUUGGAGAUUGAAUCGAUUGACAAGUUGCCUCAAUUUGUCGACGAAAACACUUAUGCAAGAGCUUGUCUCUAUGUUACCAGUGUAGUGCCGUAUUUGGCACCACCCGAUGAUUUGGCCUUCUUGAACACUGCAUUUGCUAUUUACUUGGCGCAUGGCCAACUAACGCAAGCAUUAGCCAUUGCCAUCAAAUUGGACAAUGAUUUCUUGAUUCAACAAGUCUUUGACUCUACAAAGGAUGAGUCUGUACACAAACAAUUGGGUUUCAUUUUAUCACAACAAAACAAUAAUUUUAAGUUACUUGAAGAAAAUCAUCAAGUCCAGGAAACUAUUGGUAAUGUCAAAUUGGCCGAUUACUUUCAUUAUCUAGCAAAAGAAUUGAACUUGCUUGACCCCAAAGUACCUGAAGACAUUUACAAGUCACACUUGGAAAAUUCAAAGUUUGGAUUGGGAACAUCAGGAUCAAUUGAUUCGGCAAAGCAGAAUUUAGCUGCUGCUUUUGUCAAUGCAUUCAUCAAUUUGGGAUUCGGUAAGGAUAGGUUGAUGCAAACUGAAGAGGACAACAAAUCUUGGAUAUAUAGAACAAAAGGUAAAGGUAUGGUGUCAACAACAGCAUCUCUUGGAUCACUUCAUCAAUGGGACGUUAAUGAAGGUUUGCAAGUGUUGGACAAGUACACGUAUUCAGAUGAUCAAGAAGUCAAGGCGGGUGCGUUGUUAGGUACGGGUAUAGUGUCUGCCAAUGUUCACGAUGAGGUUGAUGCUGCGUUUGCCUUACUUCAAGAGUAUGUUAAUGACCCUAAUAAGCUUUACCAAACAUCAGCUAUUACCGGGUUGGGGAUUGCAUUUGCAGGUUCUUCUAGUGAAGAGGUAUUAAACUUGUUAUUGCCUUUGGUAUCUGAUCUAGAUGCUCCUUUGGAAGUUUCUUGUCUUGCGGGGCUAGCCUUGGGGCACACCUUUGUUGGUACUUGUCACGGUGACAUUACCUCGACUAUCUUGCAAACUUUAUUAGAAAGAGAUUUGACACAAUUGACCAACAAGUUUGUCAAAUUUAUGGCAUUGGGGUUGGGUCUUUUGUAUAUAGGUAAAACAGAACAAGUUGAGGAUGUUUUGGAAACCAUAGAUGCAAUUGAGCACCCUAUCAGCAAAACUUUGAAAGUUUUGGUGAAUAUUUGUGCCUAUGCAGGUACAGGAAACGUUUUGCAAAUACAAGCAUUGUUGCAAAUGUGUUCUGCCAAACCAAAAAGUCAGUUAGAGAAAGAAAAGAAGUUGGAGCAGUCUGAAGAGGACCAGCAGCAUAAGAAGAAGAAUAAGAUCAAAAACAAGGGCGAGGAGGAGAACAAUCAAGACGGUGAUGUUGAUAUGGAAGCUUUAGAAGAUAAGAAAGAAGAUGCUAAAUCCGAUGAGGGAGGUGGGGCUACCAACUUGACAACUACUGUUACCACUACUGCUGCUACUACUACUACUACUAAUGCACAAGGGCAAAACAAGGAGGAUGAUGAUGACGAUGAUGGUGACGAUGACGAUGAUGAGGAUGAUGAGGAUGAGGAUGAGGAUGAAGAAGUCGACGAAGGAGAAGAGUUGUAUCAAGGAAUAGCAGUGCUAGGAUUAGCAUGUAUUGCAAUGGGCGAAGAUAUUGGUCAAGAUAUGUCAUUGCGUCAUUUUGGUCAUUUGAUGCAUUAUGGAAAUUCCUUAAUUCGCAGGUCUGUUCCAUUAGCUAUGGGAUUAGUAUCUGUGUCUAAUCCUCAAAUGAAAGUAUUUGAAACUUUAUCGAGGUACUCGCACGAUCCUGAUUUAGAAGUUGCUCAAAAUGCCAUCUACUCUAUGGGAUUGGUUGGUGCUGGAACAAAUAACGCUCGAUUGGCACAAUUGUUGAGACAAUUGGCUUCAUAUUAUAUAAAGUCGCCAGAUUCAUUAUUUAUGGUGAGGAUUGCACAAGGAUUAUUACACUUGGGUAAAGGAACCUUGACUUUAUCUCCAUACAAUUUGGAAAGAACAAUCUUGUCAAAGACAUCAUUAGCAGCAUUAUUGACUGUGUCUGUUGCGUUAUUGGAUCCGAAAGCAUUCAUAUUGAAUGAUACAACAACCGAGACUUCCCAUGAAUUAUUAUAUUAUUUGACUCCAGCUGUUAAACCAAGAAUGUUGGUUGCGGUGGAUGAAAAAUUAGAGCCAAUUAAAGUAAAUGUCAGAGUUGGUCAAGCGGUUGAUAUUGUAGGUCAAGCUGGUAAACCAAAAACCAUAACUGGAUGGGUUACACAAUCUACACCAGUAUUGUUAAAUCAUGGUGAGCGAGCAGAAUUGGAGAGUAGCGAAGAAUGGAUAAGCUUGAGUAAUUCAUUGGAGGGAAUUGUGAUUUUGAAAAAGAAUCCCGAGUUUAUGGAAGUAGAUUCGUGA